UGUUAAGAUGGCUUGGGUUACAUUCAACAGUCCUCUUUGGAAAAGAGAAAUUGUCCAAGACAAAGUAAAACCCUUUCCUUCGAUGAAAAAGAGAAGAAAAAUGGAAUCAGGAUUUAUAAACGACGGAAUCAACACAAAAUUCACUACCAACCGCAGAAAGCCUAUCAUACCACCCUACAACGCCAUGCAGGACCGCUAUGCGCAGGCGUACUUCCAGUCUCCAUUCGUAAAGGCCAUGAUGGAGAGGAAUUCGCAUCUUAAGGAAUUGCAACAAAGCCAGGAAAAUGCUAGGAACUUAAACAAGUUGAGCCACAGGUAUCGCUGUAAACGUACUCCAACAGUGGAGGAAAUUCGGGCUAGAGAGCAGACGUUUGUCAAUGACGCCAUUAUUACGGAAAGAAAACGCACAAAAUACAAGGACAUCAUCCCCGUGUACAACGCGUCACAUGAUCGCCAUUGCCUGGGAUACUUCAAAAGACCGGAUGUGAAACAUCUGAUUAGCAUAACUUGUACGCCAACUGGUUCGUUCAGUUUUGACAGUAAAUUUAAGAAUCCCAGACGACCGAAACUUAGGGCUUCUGUUCCUUGAAUGAACUGUGACCUGAUAGUAUAUAAUACAGAUCUUACCUUUCUGUGAUAAAUAUUUUGGUUGUGAUGUUAGUGUCAAAAAUAAUAUUUCUGUGUACAGGGAAGACUUUCACCCCAGUUUCCUUUUCGUUUUAAACGAGCAAAUAAAAACGAGGCAAAUUUAAAGAAAA